CUAGGACUUAAAUUACCUAUUAGAACAUGGAAGUACAAUUAAGAAAUCAAUGUGAUAUCAAUAUUAUUGAAGUGGCAAGUUUGGAGCAAGAUAAAGAUCAGCCGGAUGAUGUAGAAACAACAAAAGUUAAACGGAAUAAAAAGAAGUCGAUCACACAACACUUGUUGAAGUGCUUUGACAACUUCAAUCUGAGCUCGAAGGAGGUUAACGAGAGAGAAAGAACUCCAAUCGAAAAAAUAGUCUGGCUUAUUAUGUUUUUACUAUGUUUCUCGUAUUGCGGUUGCCUAAUUUGGAAGUCUUAUUGGAAAUGGAUGAAGAGCCCCGCCAUCGUUCUAUUAACUGAAAACGCCGAUUCAAUAUAUAAGAUUCCAUUCCCAGCGGUAACGGUGUGUCCAGAAAGGAAAAUAAAAUCGAGUGUAUUUUCUUUUACACAGUACAAUGACCUCUACGAGAACAAUAAAACGUACGGAAACUUUACAGAAAAACAGCUGCACAUGUACCAAGAUAUGAACCUAAUUUGCGAUUUUGAUACUAAAUUAGAAGGGCAAAGAUUCUCACUUGGCAAUGAGACUGUGAGCAAUAUAAGAAAGGCUUCACCAGAAUUAUCUAGUGUCAUACUAAGAUGUAAUUGGAAGGGUAAAGGAAGAUGGUGUCAGAAAAUGUUUACACCCAUUCUCACUGAAGAAGGAGUCUGCUAUACUUUUAAUACGAUUGGACCCGAAGAUUUAUUUCAAACUGAUAACUUGAACACCGAUUACAAGUACAUGUACAGUUUGAGUAGAACAAGAUUGAAUGGGUGGACACCAAAAGAAGGGUACGCUCGCGACGCUCCGGAAACAACAUACCCAGAGAGAAGCAUUGGUGCUGGUGCAAAAGCCGGUUUAAAACUAUUCUUGGGCGAGGAUGUAGAAGGUUUAGACACGGCCUGCAUGGGAAUGGUAUCAGGGUUUAAGAUAUUACUUCAUCACCCAACCGAGCUACCGCGUCUUUCACAGCAGUACAUUCGAAUUCCAAUUUACGAAGAAGUAACAAUAGCUUUCACACCAAAGAAAAUAGUUACAUCCAACGGAUUAAGAGUUUUUCCUCCAGACAGACGUCAGUGCUAUUUUACGGGAGAACGCAACCUGAAAUAUUUUAAACUGUACACGCAAUCCAAUUGUGAAUUUGAAUGCUUGACCAAUUUUACUUAUGCGAGGUGUGGUUGUGUAGGUUUUAGUAUGCCACAUGGUCCUGAUAUGAAGAUAUGCAAUAUUGGAAGUCGAAAUUGCUCAAACAACGCAGAAAUUGAACUAUAUCUGUUGAGAGUUAACAGUAAGUUGGAACCAGGAAGUAGUAACGUUACGGUUGAAGAAGCAAUUCAAGUUGCUAACGACUGCAUGUGUCUGUCCACUUGUACUUCAAUAUCGUACGAGUCAGAAAUAUCGCAGCUAGAACUUGACACAGAUCAGAAGCAUCUCACACAAAUUACAUCUGCCAUUCAAUUACUCGUUUUUAAUAAAUAUAAAAGGUCUAAAGUAUCCACUGUAGUGAUAUUUUUUAAAAGAUCACAAUUCGAUAUAUCAAAACGAUCAGAACUGUACAGCACUUCAGAUAUCCUUGCUAGUUGCGGUGGACUUCUUGGACUCUUCAUGGGAUUUUCUGUGAUCAAUGUCUUCGAAACUUUAUACUUCUGUAUUCUGAGGGCUUACCGUCAGCGGCAAAUUGAAGCUAAAAAUCGUGUUGAUUCUAAUGAAGACGAAUGUUCAGUAGAGAAAUAUUGA